UCACCGCCGACACGCACAUCCCAGUGGAAUGUGAAUUAUCAUGCGCCACAGUGCCCCGCCAUACAACUCGCUCCUUAUUUCAACUCUCGGCAUCACCCGCUCAACACUCUCCACACGCUCACACCAAUUCCAGAUCCAGAUCCAGCACCCUGUUGGAUCUUCACUCCUCUUCCUCUCAGUCAUGUCAAGGAGACAAGUAAAUCCCUCACGGCGCUUUGUGGACAGUGGAAGCAUUCCAUUUGCAGGAGCCUUACAUUCAAAAUCACGCUCUUCUCCCUUAUUAUCCAUUGGUCUUGUCCUUCUGGGGGCAUUCCUUCUUGUUGCUUAUUCUUAUAGUGGGUCAGGUCUAUUUGGUGGUGACAAGGAAGCUUUUAGUAAGGUUGAAGGUGAUUUUUCAUGCACCUUAGAAGUUCAGAGAGCAAUACCUAUUCUAAAGAAAGCAUAUGGUGACAGCAUGCGCAAAGUUUUGCAUGUGGGCCCUGAUACCUGUUCAGUGGUCUCUAAAUUGUUAAAGGAGGAGGAAACAGAAGCAUGGGGUGUAGAACCAUAUGACAUAGAGGAUGCUGAUGGGAGCUGCAAGAGUCUUGUCCGUAAAAGCAUUGUUCGUGUGGCUGAUAUCAAGUUCCCUAUGCCCUACAGGCCAAAGUCAUUUUCUCUUGUUAUUGUGUCAGAUGCAUUGGAUUACCUUUCUCCAAAGUACUUGAACAAGACUCUUCCUGAUUUGGCAAGGGUGUCCAGUGAUGGUCUUGUUAUUUUUGCAGGUCUUCCUGGUCAACAGAAAGCUAAAGUUGCAGAGUUAUCCAAAUUUGGACGGCCAGCAAAAAUGCGAAGCUCAUCUUGGUGGAUACGGUAUUUUGUUCAGACCAGCUUAGAAGAGAAUGAAGCUGCCAUCAAAAAGUUUGAUCAGGCUGCAGCCAAGAAGUCUUACAAGCCAGCAUGCCAGGUGUUUCACCUCAACUCAUACCAUUGAUUGAUGAAAAGUCAUCAAGUUAAAGUUCUUCACCCUUCGUGGGAGUUCUUGCAACAAAUCCAAAGGAUAGCAAAAACACGGCUUAUGCAGAGUCAAUUUAGUGAACAAGAUAUUCAUCAUAUCAUCCUAUUCUAUGUCCUGAACAUAGUCAAAUAUUUAUUAAUUGAAAUUUGAUGGGAAGCUAGCUCACAUUUUUCUCCUAGUAAAUGCUCAAAAAAUUUGGUAUUCUUGA